CUUCACUGUUGUCUGCAGAUCUGUCGAUCAGCUGUUUUAUAAAAUAAGUGAUUAGUUGAGUUGUUGAGUAUUGGGUAGGUUAAUAAGAUUCUAAUCUCUGGUUUGUAAUGUGGUAGAAAAUACAAUAUUACAAUAUUCAACCUCAUAUAUUUCUUGUUCUUUUUCAAAUGCUGUGUUGUAAAUGGUAAAAGAGUGUUAGAAAUUGAAUAGCAAUGGCUCUUAGCGUUCUCUGUAAUGCAUUAUCCCAAGCUGUUCCUAGAGGUCAAUUGGCCUCUGGCACAGUUUGGAAGUUGUUUUGCAAAACCAAUGCUCGUGUGAAUUACGUUCCUGCAGCGACAAUUGUGAGUAUCCACAGCCGAGAUUCGGAUUAUAAGCGAGCAGCACCUUUUCCCUAUAAAACCAAGAAGUAUCGCCUAUGGCGCCGAUUGUUUGAGAGCACCAGUGAAAGGUUUGAUGAGAACACAAAGAUAAUUGUCGUUGAUGGGCCACCUGCUGUUGGCAAAACUAAAGUCGCUCAAAAGCUGGCUGAAGAUUUUGACAUGCAUUUCAUUCCAGAAGCGAACAUGGAUAUGCAUUACAUCAAUUCAUACGGAUAUGACUUUAGAGAACUGGAUGCCAAACUACCACCCGGUGCGCAGUCGGUUGAUGAGAAGAAGUGGUGUAUGAGCCCGGACAAAGUAACGUCGGCCAAUUUCCAGUUUCAUAUGUAUGAUUUGAGAUUCUCCCAAUACAUCGAUGCUCUGGCUCAUGUAUUCAGUACAGGCCAAGGUGUAGUAAUGGUACGCAGUGUCUUCAGUGAUCUAGUCUUCAUGGAAGCUUGCUUCAAUGAAGGAUAUGUUUCAAGAAAAGUGAAAGACGGCUACUACUUUGUGCGCCGCAACACUUUGAAGGAGCUGCUGAGGCCACACCUGGUGGUGUACCUGGAUAUGCCGGUGCCGGCUGUGCAGCAGCGACUCAAGGAGCGCGGCCACGACUACGAGGUCAACGGCAAGGCUCUCACGCCCUCCUUCCUCGCCAACCUCGAGAACGCCUACAAGAAGAACUGUCUGCCUGCACUCGAGCAGCACGCUGAGUUGCUGGUCUAUGAUUGGAGCAACGAAGCAGACGUGGACUUGGUAGUGGAGGAUAUCGAACGAUUGGACUUUGAAAAGUAUACGUACUACGAUGAAAAAAUGAGGGAUUGGCUAUUCUUCAAGGAGCAGCACAUUCAAGAUCUGCGCUGCAAGUACGCAGAUUACAAGAAUGACCUGAUGCAAAUGUUAAAUGUACCGCUUCCCAACUGCCCCGAGUUGUACAUGGACGCAACUGAGGCCGCCGCCUUUGAGGAGAAAUACAGAAAUAGCCCUGGAAACAAGUACAUGGAUGGCUUCAACAUGGAUAUGGGAGACAAGGUGUUCUGGAAGUUCUUCGAUAACUUUGCCAAGAGAACCUACCCCACAUCAAACACCAGAGCCUGAUUCGCUCCAUGCGUAGUCUCUUCAACGCUUCAAUAGAUCAAUAAUUUUGGAGGCAUGUCUAUUCACAUUUAAUGAUUGUCAGAUAUUGUUAUUAAUGAUUAAUUACACGAGAUUUAUCUCUAGUA